UCUGGCCCGGCAUUAGUGGAGUUGCGUCACUACAUUUGGACAGCCCCGCAUUCGGCUUUCAAAGCUCACCGAGAGACAGCUGUCUGAUAGCUUCUCUCUUCCUCUCCAUCAACGCCUACACAAUCACAAUCCCAAAACACACAUCAAUACCAUCAAUACAAAUCACAUAACCGUCAAAAUGGUCAAAGCCGUCGCCGUCCUCCGUGGAGACUCCAACAUCAAGGGUACCGUCACCUUUGAGCAGGCCGACGAGUCCUCCAACACCACCAUCUCAUGGAACAUCACUGGCCACGACGCCAACGCUGAGCGUGGUAUGCACGUCCACGCCUUUGGCGACAACACAAACGGCUGCACAUCCGCCGGUCCCCACUUCAACCCCCACAACAAGACACACGGUGCCCCCGAGGACGAGGAGCGCCACGUCGGUGACUUGGGCAACUUCAAGACUGAUGGUCAGGGCAAUGCGCAGGGAAGUGUCACAGACAAGUUGAUCAAGUUGAUCGGCUCCGAGAGCGUCAUUGGCCGUACCAUUGUCGUCCACGCUGGAACUGAUGACCUCGGCAAGGGCGGACACGAGGAGUCGAAGAAGACUGGUAACGCUGGCGCUCGUCCCGCUUGCGGUGUUAUUGGCAUCUCCAACUAGAUGUGUCAUUAAAAAAAAUCUAGCGAGCGAGUAGUCUUAGUAUAGCCA